CCUUCAUCUCCAACUACUUCCAAGUUUUAUUUAGUAACAUCACCAUACCAUACAGAAAAACACUGUCACGAGCAGAAUUAUGGCGCAAGACGAAGAGCAAUUCCUUGUGCCCCGGACGAAACUCGGCAGCCAAGGACUUGAGGUUUCAAAGUUGGGUUUUGGAUGUAUGGGUCUAACUGGGGUCUAUAAUUCUCCUGUCUCUGAGGAGGAAGGGGUCUCAAUAAUAAAGGAUGCCUUCAGCAAGGGAAUCACCUUCUUUGAUACAGCUGACAUAUAUGGCCCCCUCGCUAAUGAAGUUUUGGUUGGCAAGGCAUUGAAGCAGUUGCCGAGAGAGAAAAUUCAACUAGCCACAAAGUUUGGUAUUGCAGGAUUUGACAUGAAUCGGACAAUGGUGAAGGGUGACCCAGAGUAUGUGAGAACAUGCUGUGAGGCUAGCCUGCAGCGUCUAGGUGUUGAUUACAUUGAUCUGUAUUAUCAACACCGGGUUGACACAUCAGUGCCAAUAGAGGAAACUAUGGAUGAACUCAAGAAACUCGUGCAAGAGGGAAAAAUCAGGUAUAUUGGAUUAUCUGAAGCCAGUCCAGACACAAUAAGGAGGGCACAUGCAGUUCAUCCCAUCACAGCUCUGCAAAUGGAGUGGUCCCUCUGGACUCGUGAGAUAGAAGAAGAAAUUGUUCCACUAUGCAAGGAGCUUGGCAUUGGAAUAGUUCCAUAUAGUCCUCUUGGUCGUGGUUUCUUUGGUGGCAGAGCAGUUGUGGAAAGUUUACCUGCAACCAGCAGCUUGGCGACACAUCCUCGGUUCCAUGGAGAGAACUUGAACAAGAACAAGACUAUAUACAACCGAAUAGAAGCACUAGCUAAGAAGCAUCAAUGUUCUCCAGCUCAACUCGCUCUUGCAUGGAUCCUCCAGCAAGGAGAUGAUGUUGUGCCUAUUCCAGGCACAACUAAGAUCAAGAACCUUGAUGAGAAUGUUGGAUCCUUGAGAGUGAAACUUACCGAGGAGGAUCGGGAAGAAAUUUCUGAUGCUGUACCCAUAGAAGAGAUAGCUGGUGAAAGAACUUACAUUAAUAUGCUUCAGAAUUCAUGGAGGUUUGCGGAUACACCACCUAAAGGAUGCAGGGACUCAGGUUAAGAAACCUUGUGAGACAAUUGUACCGCGGCUUUGUAAGGAUCAAUGAUGCUUCUAUCACAGACUCUUAGAUGCUACCCUUCAGUAUUGUAUGGUUUUAUCAUGACUUUUGAUUGGAAUUGCUUGAGUAUUGAAUUACUAAACUUUGAA